GUUCAAUGAGAGCAGUUUUCCCGAAACCACUUCCUGAAAUUGGUAAAAACCUAAGUCUACGCUUUUUUCUAGAAGAAAGAAAACCAGUCAUGGCGAUGAGAUCUGUAGCAAUCAGUCGAGCUUCUCUCUCACGCCUCGUCGAAGCUUCUAGAAGGGCCUCUCGCAAUUUCAGCGAUGGAAAGGGUAAGGUUCUGAGCGAGGAAGAGAAAGCUGCCGAAAACAUCUUCAUCCAGAAAACUGAACGGGAGAAGCUGGAGAAGCUUGCACGCAAGGGCUAUAAACCCGAAGAACAACCAACGGCAACUGCUGGAGCAACAGCCACUGAUGCAAAACCAAGUGGCCCGUCUUCCUCAACAUCUGGAGUAUCUACUGACAAGGAUCGGAACUAUGCCGUUCUUGCUGGUUUCAUAGCUGCGGCUGCAGCCUUGGGCUGGUAUCUCACAUCUUCUGCCAAGAAACCAGAAGAAGUCCAGGACUGAGAUCCCCUUUGCGUUGAAGUUAUGUGCGAUGGCAUGCUUGUUUGCAUGUCUUUCAUAAAGUCAGGUUCUUGAACUUCUUGAGAAUGCAUUGUUUCUCAUAAAUUUCAGUUUCUUCAACUUCUUGAUAAGAAGAACUAGAGCCUGCUAUCUUCUUUCUUCUCAUUUAUUUUUUCCCCAAGAAUGAGAAAACACCUGUUCUUUUUCCUUAUAUAUCAUGCGCAAUGUGGUGAGAUUAGUUCUUGGAA